AUGGGAAACAAGACGACAGAGCUCCUCGCAGGCCAUGUCUCCGGACAGGCCAACAAGCCCAUGUCAAAGCCGGCGCAUUCCUUAACUUUCAAAGAAGUCCUUGAGGAACUAGGCGCCAGUGGCAUCGAUGGGAUCUCCCCUCAAGAUGCCGAGAAAAGAUUGGAGGAAUAUGGCAAAAAUGAGCUCGACAAUGGUCCCGGUGUGAAUCCCACAAAGAUCCUCGUACGACAGAUUGCCAACGCCAUGAUGCUGGUGUUGCUUUUGGCUAUGGGAGUGUCUUUCGGCAUUGGCAGUUAUAUCGAAGGUGGUGUCGUGGCUGGCAUCAUCAUCCUCAAUAUUGUCAUAGGUUUCAUGCAGGAAUACUCGGCAGAGAAAACUAUGGAUUCACUCCGUUCCCUGUCCUCCCCAACCUCCAGCGUCAUCCGACAUGGAGAGUCAAUGGUCAUUCCGACGAUCCACGUUGUUCCAGGUGAUAUGGUGGAAUUGAAGACUGGUGAUACCGUGCCAGCAGACAUCAGACUUAUGGAAGUUAUGAACUUCGAAACCGAUGAAGCCUUGCUCACAGGAGAGUCACUACCAGUCCAAAAAGAGGCCGAUGAAGUUUUUGACCCCGAAACUGGUCCCGGUGAUCGUCUGAACGUGGCUUAUUCUUCGAGCAAUGUGACCAAGGGAAGAGCCCGUGGAGUUGUCUUUGCAACAGGCAUGUUUACGGAAAUCGGCAGCAUUGCAGCCGAGCUUCGAAAGUCAAACUCCAAGGUCCGAGAACCCAAGCGAACAGCUGAAGGUAAAGUCAAGCCCCAUCGACAAGCACAAGCCUGGGGUCUUACUGCCGGCGACUUUAUCGGGGCAUUCCUUGGUGUCAACGUCGGCACACCGCUGCAACGGAAGCUUUCUCAGCUUGCAAUUGGACUCUUCUGUAUCGCCGUCGUGUUUGCGAUCAUUGUGCUCGCCGCGAAUGACUUCUCCAACAAUCAGGAAGUCAUCAUCUAUGCUGUGGCUACGGGUCUAUCCAUGAUUCCUGCUUCUCUCAUUGUUGUCUUGACGAUAACAAUGGCUGCUGGUACCAAGCGCAUGGUUGAACGUAAUGUCAUUGUCCGAAAGCUGAACGCCCUAGAGGCUUUGGGUGCCGUCACUGAUAUUUGCUCCGAUAAGACUGGUACACUGACUCAAGGGCGAAUGGUGGUAAAGAAAGCCUGGAUUCCUGCCAAGGGCACUUACUCGGUUGGGGAGAGCAGCGAUCCGUUCGACCCGACGUCUGCUGCACUCUAUCACAGCAAAGCGCCUCCGAGCAGUGACGACUCUUCCAGUGAUAUGGAUGUAGCGCCGGAUGAGGAUGACAAGAAGACGUAUGAAGAGCUCAUGCAGGAUAACGCCCCGCUCGAAGAGUUCAUGAAAGUCGCCUCUCUUGCAAACUUGGCAACUGUUUACAGAGCCACCGACGGCGAAGGCUGGACUGCUCGAGGAGACCCAACUGAAAUUGCCAUCCAGGUCUUCGCGUCUCGCUUCGACUGGAACAGAAAGAAAUUGACUGAAGGCGACAACGCAGAAUGGCAUCUUCUUAUGGAAUACCCGUUUUCCAGCGAUGUGAAGAAAAUGUCCGUCGUCUUCCAGCAAAAGGGCUCAGACCACAAGCUGGCCUUUACCAAAGGAGCUGUUGAACGUGUGAUCGAGUCUUGCACGACCAUUGACCUCGAAGGAACCAAUGAGCCCACCGAGCUUACCUCAGAUAUUGAGGAGCGAAUUCUCGCGAAUAUGGAAAGCCUCGCAUCACAAGGUCUCCGUGUUUUGGCCAUGGCCUCGAAGCCCUACGAUGGCGCCACAGAUAGCGAUGCUCGUCCAAAGGUGGAGUCCGAUCUUACGUUCCGUGGGCUGGUCGGCCUCUACGAUCCCCCUCGUCCAGAGUCAAAGGGUGCUGUCAAGCGCUGCCACCGAGCCGGUGUUGGUGUCCAUAUGCUCACGGGUGAUCACCCGGGAACCGCAUUGGCCAUUGCAAAGCAGAUUGGCAUUGUUCCUGACAAGUUGAACGUGGUCAGCAAGGAAGUUGCUGAUAGCAUGGUCACCACUGCUGCGCAAUUUGACCGCCUCUCCGACCAGGAAAUCGACGACUUGCCCGUGCUGCCGCUCGUCAUCGCUCGUUGCGCCCCACAGACUAAAGUCCGCAUGAUCGACGCCCUGCACCGACGUGAGAUGUUUGCGGCUAUGACCGGCGACGGUGUGAACGACUCCCCAUCUCUGAAGCGAGCUGACGUCGGUAUUGCAAUGGGCCAAGGAGGCUCAGAUGUCGCCAAAGAUGCCUCUGACAUCAUCCUAACGGAUGACAACUUUGCCAGUAUUCUUAAUGCGGUCGAGGAAGGACGUCGGAUCUUUGACAACAUCCAGAAAUUUGUCCUCCAUCUGCUGGCUCAGAAUAUCGCACAGGCGUGUACUCUCCUGAUCGGUCUGGCUUUCAAAGAUGAGUCUGGGCUUUCUGUCUUCCCAUUGUCACCCGUCGAAAUUAUGUGGGUUAUCAUGGUGACCUCAGGUCUUCCAGAUAUGGGUCUUGGACUCGAAAUCGCCGCUCCGGACAUCCUUCAGAGGCCGCCGCAAAGUCUCAAACGCGGCAUUUUUACCAACGAAUUGAUUGUCGACAUGCUAGUCUACGGCGUCUGGAUGGCAGCACUGUGUCUAUCGUCCUUCUCCCUGGUUGUAUUCGGCUUCGGCAACGGUAACCUGGGCGCGAACUGCAACGACUCGUACUCGGAUGUGUGCGACACGGUGUUCCGCGCGCGGGCCACGACCUUCGUCUCGAUGACAUGGUUUUCACUCUUCCUGGCGUGGGAGCUGAUCAACUUCCGGCGCUCGUUCUUCCGCAUGCAGCCCAAGUCGAAGAAGUAUUUCACACAGUGGGCCCACGACGUGUGGCGCAACAAGUUCCUCUUCUACUCGGUCAUGUUCGGCUACGUGUCCAUCUUCCUGAUCCUCUACUGUCCCGUCAUCAACCACGACGUCUUCAAACACACCGGCAUCUCCUGGGAGUGGGCCAUCGUCAUCAUCCAGGCCCUGCUGUUCUUCGGCGGCAUCGAGUCCUGGAAAUGGGCCAAGCGCUUCUUCUUCCGUCGUCGUGCCAAGAAGGCCGGUGGCGGUCGUGCCCGCCGCCUCUCCAGCGUCGUCUUCGACGGCUAUGCCGGCGCCUCCCCCGGCCAAGCUCCUGACGAUGAUAAUGUCAGCGAGAUCAGUAAUGCAAGUGAGAAGGUGUAG